AUGCCCUCCUCCCCCGCCCCCUCCCUCCCCCACCCCAACAGAGCCGCCUCCGACUCCCGCCACCUCGCCGCCCACCACACCCGCGUCGCCCGCCCGCGAUGGAUCCUCCACAUGCAAGCCGUCUUCUGGCGCGUCCUCAUGUCGCUAGGCAUGUUCUUCCACCGCAUGGCCCCUCCCCGGCCACCUAAACCAGACUUCUCCCGCGUCAUCCCGAGCACGAUCUCGAACGGCAAAGCGGGGAAUAUCACGCUGAACUUCUACGUGCCUAAGGAUUACGGGACGCAGAGGCGUUUGUGGACCGGGCGGGCGAUGGAGGAUGAGGAGGAUGUGGGGGAGUGGAAUGGGCAGAUGAGGCGGUUGAGUAGGGGGUUCACGGAGAUGAGCACGAGUUUGAGGCGGAAGGGGAGUGUGAGGCGGUGGGGCGGGUAUCCGGUGGUGAUCAAUUUUCAUGGCGGAGGGUUUACGCUGGGUUCGUCGGGGGACGAUGCGAGGUGGUGUGGGACCGUGGUGGAUGAGGUCAAUGCUGUGGUUAUCAGCGUGGACUACCGUUUGGCGCCGGAGUGUCCUUUCCCGACUGCGGUGGAGGAUGGCGUGGAUGCGGUGUUGUAUGUGCACAAUCAUGCGCAGGAGCUGGGGAUUGAUAAGACGAAGAUUGCUCUCUCUGGAUUCUCCUCCGGCGGGAAUAUGGCCUUCACAGUCCCGCUACGCCUCUACGACGAACUCCACGGCUUCCCCCGCGACGACGUGCACUCGCCCGCCCCUACGAACCGACAAGCCAACGAACGCGCCCUACACGGCCAAGCGCUCACAACCUCCCCAACGACAUCGUCAGAACACUCCACUCCCUCGUCAAGCGACUCCUCCACCAAAGUCGAAAUCCUCGACUCCCCCUCCACCCCAACCGCCAAACCCACCUCCUCCCACUCCCACUCCAAAACCCACCCAACCUCCACCGUCAAACCCACCAAAGCCACCGAAGAAAUCAAACUCGCCUGCCUCAUCCCCUGGUACCCGCCGGUAGACUACACCCGCACCCGCGCCCAACGCCGCGCCACCUCCUGCCGCGCGGACCAAGAACUCCCCGCCAUCUUCACGGAUUUAUUCGACGAAUCCUACCUCCACCCCCCGGACACCAUAUCCAUGGACUCGCCCUACCUCAGCCCCGGCGUAGCCCCUUCGUCCCUCCUGCGCGCCGCGCUGCCAAAGGAAAUCAUUAUGCACACCUGCGAAUGGGACAUGCUUUUAUCCGAAGGCGAGACUUUCCGCGAGCGCCUGGAAAGCGACGACAUCGGCAAGAAAGUCUGGUACAAAAUGGUCGAGGGCGUGCCGCAUGGCUGGGACAAGGCGCCGAAUCCGUGGAAACCCACGCCCGGGGUGCGAGAGCAUUAUCUUGGCGCGUGUAAGGAGAUGCGGCGGGUGCUGUGGCCGAGUGCGGAGAGUGGCGGGAAAAGGCCGCAGAUGGAGCGGGAGACGACGGUGGGGCAGUGGCCGACGGCGGCGCCGAGGGGGAGUGUUAGUGUGCGUUUUGAGCGAAUGGCGUAG